GUUGUGCUUCGCGACGGUUGGUGAUCUUCAAAGUGCUCCGAACACGAACAGUAGUGCCCGCAGUCUCUCGGUUUUGGUUUUGGUUUUAAUUUUUGGCUCUGCAUCUGUAUCUGUAUCUCGAUCGGCUCCAACCCGCUGCAUCCGCGACUCUCUCCCCACCUUUCGCGUGUGUGUGUGUGCCAGUGUGUGCUUGUGUGUGAGCGAGAGUGCUAAGCUUUUUGCUCACACGUCUAACGGUUGCCAAAGUGUGCGUAUUGGUGCCUUAACUUGAACUAUGGGUCGCAUGUUCGUGUGCGUCUAAUAAAUAUAUUUAAAAAUAAGUAUUUCGACAUUCCGUCGUGGAAAUUAUGUGACACACCAGUCUAGAUCCCAACAACCACGUCCCAUUCAUACGCGACACAUUAUUAAAAAGCCAUCCGAGUGCCAAAAGCAACGAAGCGAGCAAUAAUUGUGAUUAAUAACAACGAAACAAACGAAUACCGACCGCAAAUUAGCCACAUAAGGCCAGUCAAAUAGCAAUAGUCCAGCCAGGUGCAUUAUUCACGGCUCCCAAACGUUGAUUACCUCAUCUGUGCCAGCGCUCCGCCAGCAAAAUGGUAUCAAAAAGCAAUAAAAAGAAACAAGUGUCUCAGCAGCAGCAGCAGGCGUCGACGUCGCCGUCUCAGCAGUCUCAGCCGCCGCCAGCAACAUCGACCACAACAUCAACGUCGUCGGCCGAGGCCACGAAGCUUACCAAAAAACUGGGUCCCGAUGCGUUCGCCACUCUGACCACCAGCAACAGCUCCAGUUCCAUGCAGCACGAAUCGGUGACUUAUGGUGAGCCCGUGGCUAGCACUUCGGCUGCUUCCCUACCGGCGGCAGGAGUCAGGAGCUACAGCAGCAGCAGCAGGAGCCAGAGCAAGAGCAAGGCCUCCCAGUCGCAUUCCUCCUACACAGAGCAAUCUCAGUCGCAGCUGCAGUCGGAACAGUACAGCAGCAAGAUCUCCCGGGAUUAUGCCAAUCAGAAGAUCAUCUCGUCGAUUGAUCUGCUGGAAAGUGAGAAGAAAGAGCCAGUAUUCUCGGUGCCCAUCGAAGUGGUGGAGAUCACAACACCCACGCUAUCCGUCUCCGCCAGCGGGGGCAGUGUCUCGAAAAUGUUCACGUCCUCGUCGAUGUCUUCCAGCCAACAGCAGCAGCAGGCCAGUAGCUCCAGCUCGUACUUCCAAGCCACAACCAGUUCCAGCCGGAGCGCCAACGAAACGCUGAUUGCGAGCGAGAGAGCCGAUACGGCUACCGGUAUGACAUCAUCCGGGCCGAGGAAACAGGUUGGCUUCGAUACAGACACCAAGACAGUGACAAACACCAGCAGCAGUACUAGCAACAUCAGCAGCAGCACAAACACAAACUCAAACAGAAACACAAACAUCAACAUCAGCAGCAGCAAUGUGAGCGAAUCUCAGAGCGUGCCAAAGCUGCCAGCGAACGGGACAGCUGAUGCUCCCACAUCGGUGACGUCGCAAGGCUACCCCGAACCGGUUGCCGCGUCGUCUGGCGCGACCACAACAAAGGCGACGUCAUCGACGCGACGCAACGAUAAACUGGUAGUGGCCAGCGCAGACACAGCUGUUGAUAGAGCUACGUCAUCGUCGUCAGUGGUCGACAAGAGGUCCAGCGAAGAGGUCAGCGAGAGCUCCGUCCUCAAAAGCUCGAGUAGCAGCAAGCAAUCGAAGUCUACGUCCAAGAAAGAGGUGUACGAUGUGAAGACCAAGACCUGGACAGAGUACAGCGAUGGCAGCUCCCAAGGACCUAGCAAGACCCGUCCGACCUUUGAGCGGUAUGUCAGCAAGGACACUGACGGCACGUCCAAAGUAACGUAUAAGAAGAAGAUAUACGACAGACGCAACAAUCGGUGGCGCGUGGUGGACGAACGGACGGUGGACAGUAGCGCCGACACGGGCUAUCCCGAAAUAGUCGAUGAUGUCAUUAACACAACAAGAACCACAUACACCACCAAGGUGUACGACACGAAGCUCGGCAAGUGGACUGUUGUGGACGAGAAGUCGUUCACUGAUACGAAAGCUUUCGUGCCCAAUGACAUUGCUCGUGAAAUCGAGAAAGAUAAUACCGAUGUUGCAAACAUAACGACUACAACGGAGGUAACGAAGAUUUUCGAUGCGAGCAUUAACGACUGGCGCGUUCUGGACGAGAAGGUGCACACAGAUGUAAUUGAGAAGAUAGUAGAGGCUCCCAAAAAGACCAUUUACGUGGACGAGUUUGUGGAGAUUGAGAAGAACACCUCGAUUUCGGAGAACAAUGAGAACAUAACCCUGAACUUAAAAGAGACAUCGAAACACAAAAAUAUUACCGAAAAUAUUUAUGAUGAAAUCGAUUAUGUGCGCACUGAUAAGCAACGCCUAGACGACUCAAGAACCCGAGGAGUUGCCAGAAACAAGUCAUCAACGCAUAGUGAAAGGUGCAUCUGUGAAAUCUGCACAUGCGGGCGUCAUCAUUGCUCAAGCAGUACAACGAAAUCUUCAGAAAAAACCAUUAUUCAAACCGAUGAUAACGUCGACGAAGCAUACACUAGGAUACGUACUAAUACAUGGUCGAAAAAAGAUAAUGAAAACAUUCCCAAGCAACACGAAGACAUUCUAGUGGACUACAUAGUCAUAAAGAAACCAGAAGACAAUUUAAGACCAGAAGGAGAAUUUAUAGUUCCACCGAAAGAGCCAUAUAAACCAGGAGAAAAACGCGAGAAAAUUGUGCACACAGAUAAUCUUCGCUCAGAGGGAGAAAUGACAUUUGUAGAGAAGGAAGAAUAUCAAUAUACUGUCCGCCCUGGAUAUGUGAAGCCUACUGACAACCUUAAGCCGGAAGGCGAAUUUUACAGCCCAGAAAAACCUAAAUACCAACCGGGAGAUAGACCUACUCAGGUUCGACACGAAGACAAUCUUAGGCCAGAAGGCGAGUUUUACACUCCACAGAAACCAGGUUACACCCCAGCCGACCGCCCACAGCAAAAGAAACCAGUGGAUAAUCUUAAGCCGGAGGGAGACUUCACUUCACCAGAAAAACCAGCAUAUAGACCUGCCGAGAAACCUGAAAAAAUAAUACGGAGUGAUAACUUGCGGACUGAGGGCGAAAUGACCUUUGUGGAAAGAGAAGAGUAUCAAUAUGUGACACGACCCGGCCAAGUAAAGCCUACGGAUAACUUAAGACCAGAGGGCGAAUUUUAUAGUCCAGAGAAACAAAAGUAUCGCCCAGGGGAACGUCCAUCACAAGUUCGUCCUGUUGACAAUCUAAAACCAGAAGGAGAAUUCGUAAAGCCCGAGAAACACGUUUUUAAACCUGCUGAUAAAUCUGAAAAAAUUAUUCGAACAGAUAAUCUUCGCACGGAAGGAGAAAUGACCUUUAUAGAAAGGGAAGAAUAUCAGUAUGUUGUGCGUCCUGACCAAGUAAAACCUUCAGACAAUCUAAGACCAGAAGGAGAAUUCUAUACCCCUGAAAAAAUAAAGUUCAAGCCGGGUGAAAGACCUUCUCAGGUAAGGCCGGAGGACAAUCUUAAACCGGAAGGAGAGUUCUAUACACCGGAUAAGCCAGGGUUCAGGCCUGCAGAGAGACCAGUGCAAAAGAAGCCGGAGGACAAUCUGAAGCCAGAGGGAGAAUUCUACAGCCCUGACAAACCGAAAUACAGCCCAGGCGAAAGACCUUCUCAAGUAAGGCCGGAAGACAAUCUUAGACCAGAAGGUGAGUUCUACACACCGGAGAAGCCAGGAUUUAGGCCUGCUGAGAGACCUGUACAAAAGAAGCCAGAAGACAAUCUGAAACCAGAGGGAGAGUUCUACAGCCCUGACAAACCGACGUAUAGGCCAGGCGAAAGACCUUCUCAAGUCAGGCCGGAAGAUAAUCUGAGAACAGAAGGGGAGUUCUACACACCUGAGAAGCCUGGAUUCAGGCCUGCUGAGAGACCAGUACAAAAGAAGCCAGAAGACAAUCUGAAACCCGAAGGAGAUUUCUACAGUCCUGAGAAACCGAAGUACAAGCCAGGUGAAAGACCUUCUCAAGUAAGACCAGAAGACAAUCUCAAACCAGAAGGUGAGUUCUAUACACCUGAAAGGCCUGGAUUCAGGCCUGCUGAGAGACCACUUCAGAAGAAACCACAGGACAACCUUAAACCCGAAGGCGAAUUUGUAAAGCCCGAAAAACAAGUCUACAAACCGGCGGAGAAAACUGAAAGAAUUAUUCGAAAAGAUAAUCUUCGCACGGAAGGCGAAAUGACGUUUGUUGAGAGGGAGGAAUAUCAGUAUGUGGUGCGACCAGACCAAGUAAGGCCAUUCGACAAUCUGAAACCCGAAGGAGAGUUCUACAGCCCUGAGAAACCGAAGUACAAGCCAGGUGAAAGACCUUCUCAAGUAAGGCCAGAAGACAAUCUCAAACCAGAAGGUGAGUUCUACACACCGGAGAAGCCAGGAUUCCGGCCUGCUGAGAGACCAGUACAAAAGAAGCCGGAAGACAAUUUGAAACCCGAAGGAGAUUUCUACAGCCCUGAGAAACCGACGUACAAGCCAGGUGAAAGACCUUCACAAGUAAGGCCAGAAGACAAUCUCAAACCAGAAGGAGAGUUCUAUACUCCGGAGAAGCCAGGAUUCAGGCCUGCUGAGAGACCAGUACAAAAGAAGCCAGAAGACAAUCUGAAACCCGAAGGAGAUUUCUACAGUCCUGAGAAACCGAAGUACAAGCCAGGUGAAAGACCUUCUCAAGUAAGACCAGAAGACAAUCUCAAACCAGAAGGUGAGUUCUAUACACCUGAAAGGCCUGGAUUCAGGCCUGCUGAGAGACCAGUUCAGAAGAAACCACAGGACAACCUUAAACCCGAAGGCGAAUUUGUAAAGCCCGAAAAACAAGUUUACAAACCGGCGGAGAAAACUGAAAGAAUUAUUCGAAAAGAUAAUCUUCGCACGGAAGGCGAAAUGACGUUUGUUGAGAGGGAGGAAUAUCAGUAUGUGGUGCGACCAGACCAAGUAAGGCCAUUCGACAAUCUGAAACCCGAAGGAGAGUUCUACAGCCCUGAGAAACCGAAGUACAAGCCAGGUGAAAGACCUUCUCAAGUAAGGCCGGAAGACAAUCUCAGACCAGAAGGUGAGUUCUAUACUCCGGAGAAGCCAGGAUUUAGGCCUGCUGAGAGACCAGUACAAAAGAAGCCAGAAGACAAUCUGAAACCUGAGGGAGAGUUCUACAGUCCUGAGAAACCGAAAUACAAGCCAGGUGAAAGACCUUCUCAAGUAAGGCCAGAAGACAAUCUCAGACCAGAAGGUGAGUUCUAUACUCCGGAGAAGCCAGGAUUUAGGCCUGCUGAGAGACCAGUACAAAAGAAGCCGGAAGACAAUCUGAAACCUGAGGGAGAAUUCUACAGUCCUGAGAAACCGAAAUACAAGCCAGGUGAAAGACCUUCUCAAGUAAGGCCAGAAGACAAUCUCAAACCAGAAGGAGAGUUCUAUACACCUGAGAAGCCAGGAUUCAGACCAGCUGAGAGACCAGUUCAGAAGAAACCACAGGACAACCUUAUACCCGAGGGAGAGUUCUACAGCCCUGAGAAACCGAAGUACAAGCCAGGUGAAAGACCUUCUCAAGUAAGGCCAGAAGACAAUCUCAAACCAGAAGGCGAGUUCUAUACUCCGGAGAAGCCAGGAUUCAGGCCUGCUGAGAGACCUGUACAAAAGAAGCCGGAAGACAAUCUGAAACCUGAGGGUGAGUUCUACAGUCCUGAGAAACCGAAGUAUAAGCCAGGUGAAAGACCUUCUCAAGUAAGACCAGAAGACAAUCUUAAACCAGAAGGAGAGUUCUAUACACCUGAGAAGCCAGGAUUCAGACCAGCUGAGAGACCAGUUCAGAAGAAACCACAGGACAACCUUAAACCCGAAGGCGAAUUUGUAAAACCCGAGAAACAAGUCUACAAACCUGCCGAGAAAACUGAAAGAGUUAUUCGAAAAGAUAAUCUUCGCACGGAAGGCGAAAUGACGUUUGUUGAGAGGGAGGAAUAUCAGUAUGUGGUACGACCAGACCAAGUAAGGCCAUCCGAUAAUCUGAAACCCGAAGGAGAGUUCUACAGCCCUGAGAAACCGAAGUACAAGCCAGGUGAAAGACCUUCUCAAGUAAGGCCAGAAGACAAUCUCAAACCAGAAGGCGAGUUCUAUACUCCGGAGAAGGCAGGAUUCAGGCCUGCUGAGAGACCUGUACAAAAGAAGCCGGAAGACAAUCUGAAACCUGAGGGUGAGUUCUACAGUCCUGAGAAACCGAAGUAUAAGCCAGGUGAAAGACCUUCACAAGUAAGGCCAGAAGACAAUCUCAAACAAGAAGGUGAGUUCUAUACUCCGGAGAAGCCAGGAUUCAGGCCUGCUGAGAGACCAGUACAGAAGAAGCCCGAAGACAAUUUGAAACCCGAAGGAGAUUUCUACAGCCCUGAGAAACCGAAGUACAAGCCAGGUGAAAGACCUUCUCAAGUAAGGCCAGAAGACAAUCUCAAACCAGAAGGUGAGUUCUAUACUCCGGAGAAGCCAGGAUUUAGGCCUGCUGAGAGACCAAUACAAAAGAAGCCGGAAGACAAUCUGAAACCUGAGGGAGAGUUCUACAGUCCUGAGAAACCGAAAUACAAGCCAGGUGAAAGACCUUCUCAAGUAAGACCAGAAGACAAUCUUAAACCAGAAGGAGAGUUCUAUACACCUGAGAAGCCAGGAUUCAGACCAGCUGAGAGACCAGUUCAGAAGAAACCACAGGACAACCUUAAACCCGAAGGCGAAUUUGUAAAACCCGAGAAACAAGUCUACAAACCUGCCGAGAAAACUGAAAGAGUUAUUCGAAAAGAUAAUCUUCGCACGGAAGGCGAAAUGACGUUUGUUGAGAGGGAGGAAUAUCAGUAUGUGGUACGUCCAGACCAAGUAAGGCCAUCCGACAAUCUGAAACCCGAAGGAGAGUUCUACAGCCCUGAGAAACCGAAGUACAAGCCAGGUGAAAGACCUUCUCAAGUAAGACCAGAAGACAAUCUCAAACCAGAAGGCGAGUUCUAUACUCCGGAGAAGCCAGGAUUCAGGCCUGCUGAGAGACCUGUACAAAAGAAGCCGGAAGACAAUCUGAAACCUGAGGGUGAGUUCUACAGUCCUGAGAAACCGAAGUAUAAGCCAGGUGAAAGACCUUCUCAAGUAAGACCAGAAGACAAUCUUAAACCAGAAGGAGAGUUCUAUACACCUGAGAAGCCAGGAUUCAGACCAGCUGAGAGACCAGUUCAGAAGAAACCACAGGACAACCUUAAACCCGAAGGCGAAUUUGUAAAACCCGAGAAACAAGUCUACAAACCUGCCGAGAAAACUGAAAGAGUUAUUCGAAAAGAUAAUCUUCGCACGGAAGGCGAAAUGACGUUUGUUGAGAGGGAGGAAUAUCAGUAUGUGGUACGACCAGACCAAGUAAGGCCAUCCGACAAUCUGAAACCAGAGGGAGAGUUCUACAGCCCUGAGAAACCGAAGUACAAGCCAGGUGAAAGACCUUCACAAGUAAGGCCAGAAGACAAUCUCAAACCAGAAGGUGAGUUCUAUACACCUGAGAAGCCAGGAUUCAGACCAGCUGAGAGACCAGUUCAGAAGAAACCACAGGACAACCUUAGACCCGAGGGCGAAUUUGUAAAGCCCGAGAAACAAGUCUAUAAGCCGGCGGAGAAAACUGAAAGAAUUAUUCAAAAGGAUAAUCUUCGCUCUGAAGGCGAAAUGACGUUUGUUGAGAGGGAGGAAUAUCAGUAUGUGGUGCGACCAGACCAAGUAAGGCCAUCCGACAAUCUGAAACCAGAGGGAGAGUUCUACAGCCCUGAGAAACCGAAGUAUAGGCCUGGUGAAAGACCUUCUCAAGUCAGGCCAGAAGACAAUCUCAAACCAGAAGGCAAGUUCUAUACUCCAGAGAAGCCAGGAUUCAGGCCUGCUGAGAGACCAGUACAGAAGAAGCCAGAAGACAAUCUGAAAUCCGAAGGAGAGUUCUACAGCCCUGAGAAACCGAAGUACAAGCCAGGUGAAAGACCUUCUCAAGUAAAGCCAGAAGACAAUCUCAAACCAGAAGGUGAGUUCUAUACUCCGGAGAAGCCAGGAUUUAGGCCUGCUGAGAGACCAGUACAAAAGAAGCCGGAAGACAAUCUGAAACCUGAGGGAGAGUUCUACAGUCCUGAGAAACCGAAAUACAAGCCAGGUGAAAGACCUUCUCAAGUAAGACCAGAAGACAAUCUCAAGCCAGAAGGUGAGUUCUAUACUCCGGAGAAGCCAGGAUUCAGGCCUGCUGAGAGACCAGUACAGAAGAAGCCCGAAGACAAUUUGAAACCCGAAGGAGAUUUCUACAGCCCUGAGAAACCGAAGUACAAGCCAGGUGAAAGACCUUCUCAAGUAAGACCAGAAGACAAUCUCAAACCAGAAGGAGAGUUCUAUACACCUGAAAAGCCAGGAUUCAGACCAGCUGAGAGACCAGUUCAGAAGAAACCACAGGACAACCUUAAACCGGAAGGAGAAUUUGUAAAGCCCGAGAAACAAGUCUAUAAGCCGGCGGAGAAAACUGAAAGAAUUAUUCAAAAGGAUAAUCUUCGCUCUGAAGGCGAAAUGACGUUUGUUGAGAGGGAGGAAUAUCAGUAUGUGGUGCGACCAGACCAAGUAAGGCCAUCCGACAAUCUGAAACCAGAGGGAGAGUUCUACAGCCCUGAGAAACCGAAGUUCAAGCCAGGCGAAAGACCUUCUCAAGUUAGGCCAGAAGACAAUCUCAAACCAGAAGGUGAGUUCUACACCCCGGAGAAGCCAGGAUUCAGGCCUGCUGAGAGACCAGUUCAGAAGAAACCACAGGACAACCUUAAACCGGAAGGAGAAUUUGUAAAGCCCGAGAAACAAGUCUAUAAACCGGCGGAGAAAACUGAAAGAAUUAUUCAAAAGGAUAAUCUUCGCUCUGAAGGCGAAAUGACGUUUGUUGAAAGGGAGGAAUAUCAGUAUGUGGUGCGACCAGACCAAGUAAGGCCAUCCGACAAUCUGAAACCUGAGGGAGAGUUCUACAGCCCUGAGAAACCGAAGUUCAAACCAGGUGAAAGACCUUCUCAAGUUAGGCCAGAAGACAAUCUCAAACCAGAAGGUGAGUUCUACACCCCGGAGAAGCCAGGAUUCCGGCCUGCUGAGAGACCAGUUCAGAAGAAACCACAGGACAACCUUAAACCGGAAGGAGAAUUUGUAAAGCCCGAGAAACAAGUCUAUAAACCGGCGGAGAAAACUGAAAGAAUUAUUCAAAAGGAUAAUCUUCGCUCUGAAGGCGAAAUGACGUUUGUUGAAAGGGAGGAAUAUCAGUAUGUGGUGCGACCAGACCAAGUAAGGCCAUCCGACAAUCUGAAACCUGAGGGAGAGUUCUACAGCCCUGACAAACCGAAGUACAAGCCAGGUGAAAGACCUUCUCAAGUAAAGCCAGAAGACAAUCUCAAACCAGAAGGUGAGUUCUAUACUCCGGAGAAGCCAGGAUUCAGGCCUGCUGAGAGACCAGUGCAGAAGAAGCCAGAAGACAAUCUGAAACCCGAAGGAGAGUUCUACAGCCCUGAGAAACCGAAGUACAAGCCAGGUGAAAGACCUUCUCAAGUUAGGCCAGAAGACAAUCUCAAACCAGAAGGUGAGUUCUACACCCCGGAGAAGCCUGGAUUCAGGCCUGCUGAGAGACCAGUACAAAAGAAGCCAGAGGACAAUUUGAAGCCUGAAGGAGACUUUUACAGUCCAGAAAAACAACCGUAUAGGCCCGGGGAACGUCCAUCCCAAGUACGACCUGAUGAUAAUUUGAGACCAGAAGGAAAUUUCUAUGCUCCCGAAAAGCCAGGAUAUAAACCAGGAGAACGACCAAUAGCGAAAAAGCCCGUUGAUAAUCUAAAGCCCGAAGGAGAUUUUUUCUACAGUCCCGAAAAAUCAAAGUAUCAACCAGCUGAGCGCGUUACCGUUGUAAGGCACAAGGAUAACUUAAAAGUUGAAGGAGAGUUUUAUGUCCAGGAAAAAGAAGACUUUAAGCCUGUCGAAAGGCCUAAACAGAAGAAGCCGCAUGACAAUUUAAAACCAGAGGGCGAGAUGGUUAUUCCAGAAAAGGUUCAAUACAAGCCUGCCGACAGGGUGACAAGAGUUAUUCAUAAGGACAACCUACGCAGUGAGGGAGAAAUGACAUUUACUGAAAAAUCAGAGUACCAGCAUGUUGUAAGGCCCACUCCAGUAAAACCAGAAGAUAACUUGAAAACCACUGGUAAGCUUUACGUACCUGAAAAGCCAACUAUUAAAAAUGGUGAACGCCCCGAGCCGGUUCGACCUAAAGACAAUCUGAAACCUGAAGGCGUUAUGUACACACCCAACAAACCGAAAUAUGAGCCUGCCUCCCGCCCAGAACAGAAGAAAUAUGCAGAUAACUUGAAACCAGAGGGAAAAAUGCACAUCCCAGAGAAAGAAGGAUUCCGUCCGGCAGAUAGGGUAAAGACAGUUAUUAGAAAAGACAAUUUAAAAACCGAGGGAGAAAUGACAUUCACCCAGAAGGAGGAAUACCAUCAUGUAAGACGGCCAGAACAAGUAAAGCCUAGCGAUAACCUUAAAGUCGAAGGGGAAUUCUAUACACCCAAUAAGACUGCCUUUAGGCCCGCUGAACGACCCAUUCAAAAGAAACCUCAGGACAACCUUAAACCAGAAGGAGAAUUCUAUAAGAGGACCGACCGAAGCGAGACCGAUAGCACGACAGUUACAGAAACAAUAAAAAGGGAAACGCCGAAACGUCCCGUUGAUAAUUUGAAGCUAGAAGGCUCUAUGACAGUAACCAGAAGGGAUGAUUAUAAAAAUACAUCCAACAAAACCGUUGAUAAAACGCAACGAACUCAAAAAAUCAACCACAACAGUUCAUCUAUUACAUUGGGAACUGAUACUACAAUCCGCAAAACAACAAACCAGAUGAACUACGUAUCCGGAAAGGACGCGGUUAAACAAGUCGAUUCCAACAGUCAAAACCCAGUUGACGGUCUUAUCGUUGUAUCCACAACGAAGGUAACUACUGUAAUAGGCGGGCGUCACAAGAAAGAGCCAGAAACCGAGUAUGUCAAGAGGCCGGCAAAGAUUAACGUUAUAGAAAAUGUUGCAAAGAAUACAACAACGACAAAUAUCGAAAAUACUCAAAACAUUCACAAAGAAACCAUGUCAAUGCAAAGAAAUCAUAACUUAGUUCAAAAUUCUGCAUUGACUUCUGAAAGUAUCGCUACUGAAUCGAAUCGUAGACAAUUAACCGAUAAUGUCACUGGCGACACAAGCUCACGAACUGUGUCCGGUGGAACAGUCUCGAAUACUGUGACUGGCGAUUCUUCAUCGAAUCGUGUGGUUUCUGGUAGAAAUGUUACCACUAACGUGACUGAGGAUUCGACUUCUCGAGUAGUGACAGGAAGAAACGUCUCCAGCAACAUAAUUGGUGAAUCAACAACCCGUACUGUUUCCGGAAGAUCUGUCACCAAUAACAUUAUUGGUGAUACCACAAGUCGAGUACUGUCUGGUAGCUCAGUGGGUCACAACAUCAGCGACGACACGACAUCGAGAGUGGUAUCAGGAGGUAGAAGUUCCACUAAUAACGUUGUAAUAGGAAACACAUCCUCGCAUAUGACCACUUCGAAGCACUUCCAUCAUCGAAAGAGUGAGUUCUCAUCAGAAGCCGAUGUUUCGAAUACGGUCUUCCAUCGCAAGAACCUAACCAGUGAUUCGAAUGCGGCCAAUGGUAGCCUGACUUCCAACGGAAAGAUGCAGCGAAAGAGCAUACUAAACCUGCACGAGCAGCCCUCCAGCACUACCACCCAUGGCGGAGAGCGUCAAAGUUACAGCAGCAUUCAUCGCCAGAACCGAGAGUCUGAUGCGAAUACUACCUUUACGAGUGAGCGUCGAACCUGCAAUGUGCACAAGGAGAACAGGGAGCACAACGUGAAGAAUUCAUCCUCCAUGUCUCGUAUAAUUUCUGGUGGUGCCACGGGAACUGAACUGAACAGAUCGAAUGUCGAACGGUCAACGGUGACACGCACCCAAGUUUCGGGGGGUGGCAUCGAUUUUCCAUCUCAAUCUCACUCACACUCCGCAAGCCAUGCGACCCGUCAUCGAGGAAGUCAGCAUGUGUCCAGCUUGGGCGGUGGCAUCGAUUUCCCCUCCUACAGCGCCCAUGCUCACGGACACACCGAGCGUUUGGUUACCCGCCGUGGAAAUCAGUCCUCAAUUAGUCUGGGCAACGACAAGUUUACCGGCUCCAGUUUGUACAAGAGCGAAUACAUUACUGCCCCAAAAACGACGUGUGCUGUGCAUAAGAUUAAACAAGGUGCAUUCCAACAUACAAGGAGUACUCAAGACCACAAGUUCUUCAAGACCUCGAACUAACAGAGCCACCCUACGAGUAUAUACAUAUCUUUUGCCUUACUAAUAAACAUGUCCCAUAUUAAUAAUAAUCUAAGCUUCCAUGACAAUAUAUGUUUUAUACAAUAUACAAACCGAUCCGAAAAUGAAGAUUAACAAUAAAGAUAAUUUUUUGAAACGAA